CAUUGAAGUUAUGUGGAACAGUGAAAGAUAUAAAUAGCGUGAGCCUGCGUGUGUGUCGCGCGCGAGGAAUAAAACGAUGAGAGCACUGCUUCAGCUUCAGGCUUUGACAAGUCGGGUUUCACUUUCGUCCUCCACCUUUGUUCGCGGCAAAAGCUUAUGGUUUGAUGCAAAUGCAAACGCAAAUAGAGCGCACAGAAGGAUAUGGACUUCCACUCCUCUUUGUAUGGGCCGAAGAUCCAGCAAAAUUGCUGGCAGAAAGGAAGCCCAAGAUGCAAAGAAGGCCAAACUAUACUCAAGGAUUGGAAAGGAGGUUGUGUCUGCUGUAAAGAAAGGUGGUCCUAAUGUAACAUCUAAUUCUGUUUUGGCUGCUUUACUUGAGAAAGCCAAGGAGCUUGAUGUGCCUAAAGAUAUUGUUGAGCGCAAUAUCAAGAGAGCUACCGAGAAGGGACAAGAGGCUUAUAUUGAAAAAGUCUACGAGGUUUAUGGUUAUGGAGGAGUUAGUAUUGUAGUUGAGGUAUCAACUGAUAAGGUACAUCGAUCUGUGGCAAAGAUUAGAGAAGUGAUAAGGGACUAUGGAGGAAAGAUGGCAGAUUCUGGAUCUGUGAUGUUUAAGUUUAGACGUGUUCGCGUAGUAAAUAUUAAAGUCACCAAUGCUGACAAAGAUCAGCUGCUUGACAUUGCUUUAGAUGCUGGAGCUGAGGAUGUAAUUGAACCUCCAACUUAUGAAGAUGACACUGAAGAGGAUAGGUCAGAAAGGUAUUAUAAAAUUGUGGGUUCUUCGGAGAACUAUUCAUCAAUACUAUCCAAGCUGCGAGAGGAGGGCAUAGAUUUUGAGCCUGAUAAUGGUUCUGAGCUUCUUCCAAAUACCACGGUUGAGGUGGACGAUGAGGCCAUGGACUUGAACAAGGAACUUAUGAGCAAAUUACUUGAGCUUGAUGACGUUGAUGCUGUUUAUACAGAUCAGAAAUAGUCCCUUUUAUAUCUUUAAAAGCUUUAUAUUAUUCGACACUGGGAGUUCCUAUCACAUUAUGUAUCUAGUCUAUUUGCAAAAUGAAAAUAGGCUCUAAAAAAUAUUGGGGACUCCUCAGAUGAGAAAUUUGUAGAUCUGACACAUUGAUUUCUCUUUUCAUGUGUGCGAGUGUCCAGAGGCAUGCUUUGUGGGAAAGGGAUUUCAUUUUGAAAUUAUUUGAUUCAAAACCGAGGACAUUUAAAUUAUGUAUUGUCUUACAUGACAAACUGACAAAGUUCACUAAUAAUAAAACAAAGUAAAUCUCGA